AUGCGCAUACGUUCAAUGCGGCCGCUACAGGCGCUGAGCAAGGCAUGGCGGCUACCUCCGUUUGAGCAGUGCGACCUGCGGGCUGGCAUCACGUGCGACGCGCGGGGCAUGGUGACGCGCAUCAACCUAGCCAGUCGUAACCUCACAGGAGUCAUCCCAAAAGCAAUCUCCGCUUUUGCCAGCCUCCUUACACUCUCACUACACGACAACCACCUGCAUGGCCCCCUGCCCGAUGAAGCUGCUGAGAGAGCUGUACCUACACGGCAACAACCUCACAGGCGCCAUCCCUGCUUCCCUGGGCCUCCUCUCAAACCUCGAAGCUCUCAAUCUCGGCCAAUACGCCCUGUCUGGCCGCAUCCCUGUGGAGCUCGGCAAUCUCAAGGCACUUAUCAUCCUGUGCAACCCUUAGUCGCCGAAAACAACGCUCAGGCAAUCAAGGACCCGCGCCUAGACGCUCCCAAUGACGUCAUUCUGAAGCUCGCCCGCUUCGCCCUCUCCUGCACCGCCACGCCCGUCGCCACCCGCCCCUCCACGCCUCUCCGACCUCAUCGCCAUGAAGGAGGAAUAUGUGCCACCCGCCCCUCCAUGGCGCGCAUUCUCUCCGACCUCAUCGCCAUGAAGGAGGAAUUCCUCGGUCCGGACCCCGACCCCCUGGUGGUGCGCAUUGACAGUGACUUGGAGAAUCGCCGCGGGCCGACCUUCUCGCAGGAGAUUCGGCGCGCGAAUGCGGUGGCCUCGGAGCGGGAAGGGGCGUCGGAGUCGGGGAUGAGUGUUGGGAUGGGGUCGAUCGGGGAAAUGGAAUCUGUUGAUAGUGGUGUAUGA